GCAACAGAUCUAAGCAACACUUCUAUCGAAAAUGACUAAAUUCAUUCAAAUUGCUCUUCUUAUCGCUUGUGCUGCCAUCUGUUGUGCAGAACCAGCUCGAUUGAGAAAUCGACAACAAAGAGUUGCUGCUCGUCAGGAAGUAGCUCCUGCAGAGGAUGUCCCAGCUCAAACUCCUUAUCCACCGGCUGGAAUCGUUCCCGAAGUUCGAUUCGAUCUUCCAACUGAGAACGUAGCUGUUGAACCUGACAACACAUAUCUGCCACCUGAUAAUACCGUCACUGGAAUACCAGCUAAGACCUAUGGACCUCCAGAAUCUGCUGAGCCAAAAGAUGAUGUCGAAUCAAACGAUGGUGAUGCUGAGCCAAAAGCUGCCAAUGAUGGCGAUGAAUCAGUAACUACAGAAGAACCUGAGGAAGCUGAAACUGAUGCAACACCAACUGAACAACCAGAAGACUUGGAUCAACCAGAGGUCCAAGAUCCUCUGAAUGAUGAAGCCGAAGAUAACGAAAUUGAAACAGGCCCUGACGAUGAAGAACUCUUAUUGGUUGUUCCCCUUACCCCAAGAGUCAAAACAGCAAGGUUACAAGCACGCCCAUUGAUUCCUCUAAGGUCACAACGUGUAAUUGCUCAACCAAUACCCUACAGAUCCCAACGCUUAAUCGGACAACAACUCUACUUUGCCGACGGCAGAUACUUCGCCUAUACCCCCCAGUACGUCAGAGUUUAAAACAAUUUCCCGUUUUUGUUACUUAAUUUUCUAAGAGUCGAUCGUAAAUUAUUUUUUCCGAGAAUAAAGCAAAACAAAUAUAUUUUCCAAAAUCCAA